AUGGGUCUCAACUUUCAAAAAAUGGCUUCAGCAGUUCGAAUCUAUUUGGAGAACGAACACGGAGAUAGAGAGGAGUUGCUUGAUCCUAACAGCGAAGUGGAACUUCGGAGUGACAAAUUUUUGCCGACUAAACGGGAUUUAGAUAGCAAAAGGAUUCGUGAAUCAAUCCUUUCCUCUUGGUUCAGAACAGCCAAUGAUCGUCAAAAGAAGCUUCGAACCCUAGUUGAGGAGUACAACGAACUCGUUCUUGCUGUUAACCAAGGUCAAGAGACUGCGAAAUCUUGA